GCCCGCCUCGCCGCUCACACACCCCGCCUCACUUCACGCCUCUACAUAUCCCCACCCGACCUCGCCUGUACCUGCACCUGCACGCCCACCCGCCGUCGUCGGCAAACACGCUCCCCCACCCACAAUAUGAACUCGCUCUUCAACUCUGCCCUAAAACAGACUGCAUCACUGCAGCGGGACCUCUCGGCGCUCGUGGCAUCGCCGGCAACCGCGUCGCCAGCACUGCAGGGGCAAAUCUCGGCGUCGAUUGCGUCGCUGUCGCGCACGAUCGCCGACUACGACGCCAUGGCGCGCCGCGAGCUCAUCCCCGCAAAGAAGGAGAAGGCCGAGCUGCGCGUCAAAAAUUUCCGCAGGGAGAUGGCCGAGUACCGUGCGCAGUUCGAGAAGCUGAAGGCCGAGAGGGAGCAGGUGGCUCAUACGGUUGCGCGCGGAGAACUGCUGGGUCGGAGAGGUCACUCGUCUGCUACACCUGAAAACCCGUAUGCGAACAGCACGCACGCGCGGUCGUCGUCGAAUCCGUUUGGUCCGGCGCCCGGGGGAGGGGGUGGUGGUGGGGGGAACGUGUCGAUUUCGCAGGAGGACCAUACAUUCCGCGAGCGGGACUUCCUGUCGCGGACGGAUAACCAACUAGAUGAGUUCCUGGACCGGGGGAGGGCGGUGCUGUCGGAUCUGGCGGAGCAGAGGGGCAUGCUGAAGGGGACGCAGAAGAGGCUGUAUGGCGUCGCGAAUACACUGGGAAUCAGUGGCGAUACUAUCCGUAUGAUCGAGCGGAGGGCGAAGCAGGAUAAGUGGUUCUUCUAUGGCGGUGUACUGGUGUUCUUUGUGUUUUGUUACUUCGUUUUGAGGUGGCUUGGUUAAGGUGGGAGGGUUGCGGGUGGGAAGGGCGAGUGAGAUGGUGAGAUGGAGCGACUACAUAGUACCUAUACCAAUAGUGGAAAAUCAGUUGCAGCUAUGGAUCAUCAAAAGGUGAAGGCUUCGACCUUGGCAUGGCAAAUCGCCAUGGGAAAUUUACAUCUCUUGGGAUUUCCCGUAUACCCGUAUCCACUACACACAGUGACUUUUUCACGUGUGGUUUGGCAUAACCAACCGUGAAGAGAUCUCACCAUCACUACUAGUAAU